UGACUUUGGAGCCGUCGAGUCGAGAUAUAUAAACAUGCAACACGUGCAGGAAGCUAUCGCGGAGCGGCGUUUACGUCCUAUUUACGAUUCCCUGGAGGUGGGAAACAACAAGAAAGCCCUCCAGGAAGCUGAGAAGGUACUGAAAAAGAAUGCCUCUAUGCAGUGUGCCAGAGCCCUGAAGGCUCUGGCCCUGUUGAGGUUAGGUCGCGACGACGAAAGUGAAGCAAUUGUUAAGGCCCUCGCCGAUGAGGACAUCUGUGAUGAUCCCACGCUCCAGGUUAUGACCUUCUGCUACAGAGAGACAGAUCAGCUGGAUAAAAUAUGCUCAAUGUAUGAGAAGGCUGUAAAAUUAGCGCCCAAGAAUGAGGAAAUACUCUCGCACCUCUUUAUGGCCUACGUCCGGAUAAAUGACUACAAAAAUCAACAAACGGUAGCUCUCCAGCUAUACAGGUUGCGUCCCAAGAAUCCAUACUACUUCUGGGCCGUCAUGAGUAUUGUGUUGCAGGCCCUACGGGGUCCUGAUCGCGAUAAAGAUGCCAAAAAGAAAGUUCUUUUGACUCUGGCACAGAGAAUGGUGGACAAGCUCAUCAGUGAGGAGAAGCUCGAUGCUGAACAGGAUGUUCAGCUGUACAUAAGCAUCCUGCAGUACCAGGAGAAAUAUCAAGAGGCGCUAGAAUUCCUCGAAGGUCCUGUGUGCAAGAAACUCUAUCCUAGUGCUCCAGUUUCAAUUAAAAUCGACCUGCUGAUGUGCUUGAGCAAAUGGGUUGAUCUCAAUUUGCUCAUGAAGCAACUCCUGGACGACAAUCGAGAUCGAUGGGAUUACUACAAGAUCUACAUUGAAACGUGCUUUGAGCUCGAAGAUGCUCAAAUGUCAGGGGAAGGCACUGAUCACACGAUGGAGAUGUGCCAUGAAUUCAUUUGUCUCAUGAUGGAGGGCACAAAGAAAGUGCGGGGUCCGUAUUUAGCCCGCCUGGAACUCCAUCGACUUCUCAGGGAACGCAAUAAAGACCCAGUACCCCUUCUUGGGGAAUAUCUUGAGCUUCUUAUUGAAUACUUCCGACUGUUUGGCGAUAAAACUUGCUGCGCUUUAGACAUUAAGAUGUUCCUCGAGUAUCUACCACAUCACGAACGACCCGGAUUUGCUUCUCGUCUCAUCGUUGAGUGCGGGAUUAGCUCAACGACUCUUCCGCAAAAUAAAGAGCAAAUGCAAAAGCACAUUUGCUCCCUCCAAAUCUCCCGGUACGUCGGUGUCCAUUCGGUACUGGGCACGGAGCACCUGGAAGCUCUCCACACGGCACUGAGUCUGCAUUAUGAACACGGUGUCAGUGCAUUUGGGGUGGAUUUGAUGCCCACGGAAAUUGGACCAUCGGAUCCUUAUGCACUUCUAGCUGUUCACGUUAUGUAUGAUCUGUCUCAACGAAUAAAAGCAUCGAAGCAUUUGGUGGAAGCCCUCUGUCUCCUUCAGUAUCUCCUCUCAAACUCUCCGACGAAUUUCCAUGCAAAACUCCUGUCACUCAAGGUUUACCACUACCUUGGUUGCGGCAUGGGAGCCAUGAAGAUUUACGAAACGCUGGACAUUAAACAUAUUCAAUUGGAUUCGAUGGGAUUCAUCCAUUGCGCCCUAUUACCCACAGUGGGUCUUCCAUCGAUUGCUAAACCCCUCUAUGAUGCCACACUGAAGUUCUUCACAACGAGUCUCAAGGAUAGUGUCGAGUAUCUAGCCAUGAGCUACAAAUUUGGCUCCUUCUCCAAACUCCAGGAAUUCAUGGACUUCCGCGAGAAGCUUGCUAAUAGUUUACAUUAUUCAUUAAUAUCGGUUGAAGCAAUUCUCAUGGAAAUCGCAGAAUCGUCUUUUGUAGGCUAUUGCGGUACAAUGGCGCACAACAUGUCUAGCUUUCGGAGUAUGCGAAUUCACCCGGAAGAAGAUAAAAUCAAAUGGGACCAUCUUACGGACAAUCGUGACUUGGCAGUGGUUGUCCGGUGGGAUCCAACGAACGUCACAACGGCCGAUGGGGAUAUAAAGUGCAGCGAUGCAUCGGUGUCGUCAACAAAAGAAAUGGCCGUGGAGAGUUUCAAUCAGGACCGUGAGUUGCUGCGCCUUCGUGUUGGGCUACUGCAUCUCACGGCGGCAUGCAUUAAUUUACUAACAAAUCGUGAAUCAACCAAAGAUGUCCGCUUCAGUGGAAUCCACAUGGGACUCCAUGAAGCCUGGCGGGGGCUAUUUAAGCACGCCCGCGAUGCAAACUACAAGCCCAUGAGUGAUCAGUACUUAGUCAAUAUACUGCCAUCGCGUCUGCAUGCAAUUCUCGCGCUACCGUAUGAGGAGACUUUCUUCGCCCUGUCUGAUUUCGUGGGGUGUGUCUUUCAUGGUGCAGAAAAUCCCAAGUCACGUGCCGACACGCUCGGUGAAUGCUUUAGGAGCGUGGCAUCGAGGUUGGAGGCGGAAAUCACGAGUCACAAUCAAGAGACUGACCUCAUAUGGAAUCGAAGGGUGAUUCAGGAGCGUGUGGUUAAUUGCAUUGAGAUACUUUCGCUGUGUUCCUUCGUGCUCGUAUGCGGAUAUGAGAGAUUCAGCGGGACCUCCCUCGCUAGUCAGCAGGCAACAAAGAAGAACAAGAAGCGUGAUGUGGAGGGGAAUGGGGAAUCGGUGAUUGGAGGUGUUGGACAAGUGGCCGAAAAGGAGAGAUUAGUAGCAAUUGUGGACGUUCUCAAGGGUCUCAGAGAUCAAUUGAGUAUAUGCGACGCAGCCCUAGACUCAUGGAAAACGCCACAAGUCUCUAAUGAACUAUUGGAUAGCCUGGCUGCCAUGUCACUGAAUCCCAAAGUUGAGGCGACCGUUAGUGGCAUUUUCAGGGAGAAUCAUCGACUUGUGGUCAAAGAGCUCAAGAAUGCUAUCAAAGAGAAAAUUCGAAUGGUGCAGAAGUCGUAAGAGGCGAGCGAGGGUGGAAAGAAAAAUUAUAUGGUGUUGAGAAGUGCGAUGUGGUUUGGGAGCAUUGCGAAGAAAAUGCACGUCAUCAUCUUCAUCAUUUCUGGAGGUAAUAGACAACUUCUCUUCUUUUUAUCCCCUUCUUUUCUCUCUUAUUCUUCUCCCUCAUCAUCCACUUCACUUCUUCACUCGCUCCCAUCCCUUUUUUCUUUCUCACUCUCUCGGGAUUAAUUUUCUUUUCUGACUGAGGAUAAACAAUGAAAAUAUCACGAGGUGGUGAAAAAAUAAAUAAAUAAAUAAAUUGUAAAGUACAGUGCGCGGAAAAAUUGUAUAUCAAAAAAGAUACCUUUCACUGGUGAGCAAGUUUAACGGAAAAAGAACCACUAAAAGUAAUACCUUUCAAUAAACGAGCAUCUUUCGAGUUCAUUGUGAGUGCAA